UUGACUGUUGAUUACUUACAGUUAAUUUUUCAAAGAAUCUGACGCAGUUAGUAAAAAUUUGGCGAUGUGAUUUUAGUUUAAAAGUGUUACAAUGUCUGCACAGAGAGAAUUCAUCCAAGAACAAAAUGAUCUUCGUGAUGACUACAAAAUAAGGAAGCGAACAUCACCGAUAGUAAACGUUUGGAGAAGCAGAUCGACAAGGGGUAUUCUUUUCCUGUUUUGCUUUUCGAUAGUUGUGCCAGUGUUGGUGUAUUAUUUUUUAAUCGACAACGUUACUACGAGCGACGAACUAUACGAUACAUGUGCGGUAGACGAAACUUAUAGAGUACCGUGUGGAAAGCCGGAAAACACAACGAUCGACAAGUGCAACAAAAUCCACUGCUGUUUUGACAAUACGACUAAACGGUGCUUUCACUACUUGCCAUCCAAAUAUUACUACUUCAGUGAUAGUGAAAAUCAGGACUAUGGAAGUUCGUUAGUUCAGUCACCAUUUUUUGAAGCCCAGUUGAAAACUGUAUAUUUGUCAAUUAACCCUACUUCAGACAAGAGUGUUCAAAUUAUGUUACAUGAUAAUAGUACUACUGGAACGAUCACCUGUACUAACACCACCGAAUACAACUGUACUAUAAAUAGUAAUCCACUCUUUGUUGAAUUUUAUCGGCCUAAUUCAAGAGAACUUCUUUUAACCACUGCAAAAGGUCCUAUGAUCAUUUCAGAUCAUUAUUGGGAGUGGUCAUUUCAACUAACAGAUGAGUAUCUGUUUGGUUUAGGUCAAACGUUGAUCGAUUUGAGCGGAAAAUCCACUCUAACUAAAGUUAUUUAUGGAAAUGAUAAGGAUCACAACACAUUACCAAACUUUUUGGCUUACAAAAACGGGAAGUACCAUGGUUUGAUUGUACGACACAGUGGCCCUUUAGAAAUUACCGUAUUUGCAUCAAAACUGGUAAGCUUGAAAAGCUUGUCGGGGAAAAAAAUUACUUUGGAACUUAGUGUUGGUCCGACUAUCCAAGAAGUGAUCAAUCAGUUCAACGAUAAUAAAGCAGCGAAUUUGAUUGUCACGCCAGACAUAUUCGGAGUUCAUGUUUGCAGAGAGGGAAGCUCACUGAUAUUAAAGGACAUAUUAGAAGAUUUUAAAAAGGAACAAAAUUUAGACUUUCGGUAUACAUCCGACUGCCUUCACGAAAAUUUAUUUUUGGCUGCAAUUAAUGAGAAAAGUGAUAGUAGUGUUACCAGUGAAAUGAGAGAUUUAAUUGGAGAUAAAAUCAUAAAGUCUAGUCAUCGAUUUUCUCUUUCUAUCCUUCCUCAGGUUCCCUACGAUAGUGACUUAUAUACGAAUACUGCAGACUUGAAUAUCUAUUUCAAAUUGAACCAAACUGACUACAAGGGUCAGUACUUUAAAAACGAUGUGGUGUACCCUUACUUCAACCACGCGUCAGUUGAUACAUUCAUCCAAAAAUUGUUAGAAGCAGCAAAACAAAGGUUUGAUCCGCACUUACCUACAGAUUUUGUUCUGAGCAGAAACUGGCCUUCCGACCAAUCAUUUGUAAUGAAGGAAAUCGACAAAUUUAAGUACUUGUCAAAGGAAUUAACAGAAGCUAUGUCUUCCACAUUACCAUGGAACGCUUCAAGUGAUGACGAGCUUCAGUUCUUAGAGCACAACAAUUAUGGUUAUUUUCAUGUCGAGAAAAUAGGACCAGCAUUAGGCGACGGUGCUUUUAUCAUGACAGCCUCUCACACCUUCGAUAACUUUCAACCCAUCAUCAAUCAGAACGUCGAUAUUUCAUGGACUAAUUUUCACAACACUAUCGUUACAAUUCUUUCCAAUAGCCUCUUCGGUCACCCUUUAACGAGCAUUCCAGUCUGUGGCUCAACUAGUACUUUUACUAGUUCGCACGAGUCUUUAUGUAUCAGGUGGUACCUAAUGGCGUCCACAGCACCCAUUUUUAGAAUAUCGUCCGAUGAACCAAGACGUGAUCCAACUUCUUUGGCUAGUUUAACUUCAAAAUAUGCAGCCAGUCAAGCAAAAUCGGCGAUUGAUUUUAGAUACAGCUUGAUGUAUUAUUUCAAUACUGUUCUGGGUAACAAUGAACCUUUGAUGAGACCAAUGUUUUACGAUUUUCCCGAUGAUAACAAUACUUUUGCGUUAGUUGAUCAGUAUAUGGUGGGGAGUGAUCUUUUAGUUGUUCAUCCUACACUCCCGGAUCAGACGCAAGUCACCAUCUAUUUGCCUCCUGGUGAUAAAUGGUUCGAGUUCUGGGGCGGUGACAGCUAUGAUUACAAUUUAGGUAAAGAUGGAUGGAUUAGUUUGACUGUUUCGGAGACUGAUUGGAUAGGAUUUGUGCGUGAGGGUAGCAUAAUUCCGAUAAUUCUAAACACAGAUGAAAAUGUCAAACAAGUGAGACUGAAGAUAGCCUUAUGUGAUAAUGAAAAUUGUGAAGCCAAAGGAAUGUUGAUAACUGGAGACGAACAGUCGUUUAAUUUUACGUCUACUCAAAGUGAACUAGCUGUGACAAAUCAAAACGGUAAUGACAGUUUUGUUCUACAUGAAAUAGAAAUAUUUAGACCUCACAGCACAUGUUUAAUAAAAUUAAAUGCUGAUUUGAAAUUGGUAGAGGAUCCGACAGUUAAUUACCAUAAUCAAUCUAAUAGUAGCUGCUAGUAUAUACUGUUUGCUACCUUUUACUUACUUGGCAGUGAUAUUAAACUAACUUUUAAAAAAUUAUUAUAUUUAUUGAAAUACAAAGUAAUAAAUACAA